AUGGAUAACGCAGAUUUAGAAAAUUUAAUUGAUAAUUUAGUACUUAAUCAAAAUUUUCUUAAUUAUUAUGAAUUAAAAUCAUAUCUCCAAAAACAUAAUAACAAUAUAACGGGUGAUGAUAUGGAUUAUUAUUAUCCGUAUUAUAAAAAUGAAAUUUUGAAAUAUCAUGAUAAAAUAAUUUCUGAAAUUAAAGACAAAAUUAAAAAUAAUGAAUAUACAAAGGGAAAAACUAAAUCACAACUUAAACAGUUGAAAGAUUUCAAAAAUAAAGUAUUAACAGAAGAAGAUAUUGAUGAAUUAUAUAAAUUAUAUAAUCCUGAGCCGCAAAAGCCAAAGGAACAAAAACAAAAGAAGAAAAAGCCGAGCUCUAAAGUAGCAAAUGUUCAACAGCUAAAGGUGCAAAACGCCCAGGUCCUUCAGACCAUAAAUGAUGCACAAGCUUUAAUUUAUGAUUCAUUAGUUAAACCAUAUUCAGCCCGACUUUUAAAUGAAGAUCAACUUUUGGAAUUCAUCCUUCAACAUAAACUCGAAGCGGGAAAGUAUAUCAAACCUUUAUAUACAGCAUAUUUAAAACAAAUGAAUAGAAUACAUCCAGAAUUAAUGAAGGGAGGAAUGA